ACUCGUAGUUGGUAUGGGUCUUUAUCGAAGAAGUCUGCAGCAUCCACCCAAGUUGCGCGCGAGACCAUCUUGGGUGGAACCUCGAAACCUAUGGCUACCGCCGACUUUACUCGGUUUGAUACAAAGAAGCCUUCUGAUAUGAGUGGCGACGAAGCACCGACCCCUGCUCCUUCUUCACUAUCGAAAUCACACGAUUCUGGCGUUGGAUUCGCGAGCGAUGGAACCCGAGGCCUGAAAACACCGAGCUCCAAGACCGUUGUGAAGCCUGCAAACGGACAGGCAGAGGCCAAGACUACGGCUAAGUCGGAGGACGUGGUCAUGGAAACCGAAGACAAUGGGAAAGAACAAGAAGAGACACCACCUGCCAAAUCAGCUACGGAUCAGAGUACAGGUCCUACGGUACCCACUGCGUCUGCAGCUACAACUACGCGACCUACAUCAACAUGGCUAGGAGGGUGGUGGGGAAGCUCACAGCCUCCAGCUCCAGCAUCAGCACCGGCCUCGCAAAUGGACGUCGCGGAGGAACCAGCCACACAAGCAACACUUGCUGGUAGCCAGGUCCCAGAGAACGCAACACAAGAGCCCGCCCCUCGAGACCCGCCAGAACAACAGUCGCCGGACAUAGCCGAGCAAACCGAGGCACAGAACCAAGCACAUGCCGCUACUGGUGGAGGUUAUGGAUCUUGGAUCUGGGGUUGGGGAGCGGGAAAGAGCGUACCAACUUCACAGCCAGCAAAAACUGCUUCAGAUUCUACAACAGACCAAUCUACAGCGGAAGUGCCCAAAACAGACAGCACCAGCGACUCAGCGAAGGAGCCCGAAGACACCAUCAUGCAGGGUGCCCCACCAAUCGAGGAGACUCCGGCGCCCUCAGGUUCUACAACAUCAGACCCAGCCCCAAAAACAGGCUCAACAUGGGCAUUCUGGUCUCGACAAUCAGGGCCUACAUCGGGAAAGAAGUCAGCCGAGGAUUCCGACGAAGGUCAGCUUGCGGUGAUGGGGGAAAGCUCGGAACACCGCCCAAAGAGAGCCAAGUCCAUGGAGUUCAAAGGCUCUCCACCCAAGGAAACCCCUAUCAAGUCUGGUAAAAAGGAGGAACCAGCCAAGGAUCUGUCGAUCAAGUCUGACAAAACUGGGAAGAAGGAAGAGUUGGCCAAAGCUUCAGCCAGUCCGCCAGGCAAGGCAGCUUCCAUCAGGAGAUCCAAGAGGGACCGUCCAGAAUCGAUGGAAAUCGAUGACACGACCCCCAUUCGUCCUGGUACCCCCAAGGCAGUGGAAGCUCCGGCCAAGGGAGCUGCGCAGAAAACACCAGCCUCAUCAACAAAAACUACCGCACCCAACCUUGUGCUUCCGUCUUUUAAUGGAACCUACAAACUCAAAGAAAACCCCUCGAUCGUCAAGCAAAUCACCCGUAUUCUUCUUCGAGGAAGCCAAGCUCCUUCAAACAAGCACGUCUACAUUUCCAAAGACCUCCCCAAAAUAAAGAAAGCGAUUGCCAUCGGCGUUCACGGGCUCUUCCCCGCGAACUAUCUCAGGACAGUUAUCGGCCAGCCAACAGGCACAUCGAUCAAGUUUGCCAACCACACCGCCGACGCCAUUAAACGCUGGGCAGAUAAACACGGCUGUGGAGACUGCGAAAUCGAAAAAGUAGCCUUGGAAGGUGAAGGCAAGAUUGGGGAAAGAGUAGAGAACCUCUGGAACUUGCUCCUCAACUGGAUCGACCAGAUCAGAUCGGCUGAAUUGAUCCUCAUCGGGUGUCACUCUCAAGGUGUGCCAGUGAGUAUCAUGCUCCUGGCCAAGCUAAUCGAAAUGGGCGUGGUCAACAAGGCCAGGGUCGGUGUCUGUGCCAUGGCGGGGGUUUCUUUGGGACCGUUCCCCGAUUACAGGACUAGUAUGGGGUAUUUGAUGGGCUCGGCGGGGGAGCUGUGGGCGUUUGGGGACCCAAGAAGCGAGGUCAGCCAGCGGUUGGAGGCAGCAAUGAAGGUUUGCUUGGGGUACGGGGUGAGGAUCACGCUGGUGGGGAGCAUUGACGAUCAGCUUGUGCCGAUGGAGUCGGCUGUUUACGCACCGGUGCACCACCCUUACAUUUUCCGAGCGGCGUUUAUCGACGGGAGGAUCCACGCACCGGAUUUUAUUGCUCAUUUGGUUGGCUUUGCGCUGAAGCUGAGAAACUUGGGGGUUUCGGACCAUGGGCUGAUUAGGGAGCUGAGCACGCCGCUGGCGGGGAGUUUGUACUCUGGGGAGGGCCACUCGAGGCUGUAUGAUGACGAGCAGGUUUAUGAUCUUGCCGUGAGCCAUGCGCUGGAGACGACGGAUGUGCCGGGAGCGAAUCCGGCUGCUGAGAUGAGUAGAAUGGGGGGCGCGCUGGUGAAUCCGAAUCCGUAUCAUUUGCCUUGGAUCAUGAGGGGGUUGCUGGAGGAGGAUUUUGUGAAGAGUGAGUUGGGGGAGGAGACGAGGGAGUUGGUGAGGCAGUUUGAUGAUUGGAAGCCGGUGACCAAGGCGCUGAAGGAUGUGAAGUAUCGGUUGGAGGCGGUGAGGUCCAAGUUAUAG